GCGAAAGUGAUAAGAUAUACGAUGAAAUUUUACUUGAAAUUAAUAGUUAUGGCAAAUUUCAAAAUAUUUUCAAUUUUAAAUAUAAUUUUAUAUUUAUCAUAGUAGCUUUAAUGUCGUGUUUUCAUUAUGUGCUCAUACUUGCAGUACCUGAUCAUUGGUGCUAUGUUCCAGGAAUAAACAACUAUACUCUUAAGGAAUGGAAGGCGAUUCAUAUACCAUGGGAUUAUUCAAAAAAUUCUUACGACAAAUGCCUCAUGUAUGAUGAAAAUAAUCUGACAACAACCUGUCAAAAUGGAUAUGAAUACGAUAAAACUUGGUAUUUGGAAACAGUAUCAUCAAAAGAAAAUUGGGUUUGUGCCAACAGCAUGAAAGUUACUCACGCAUUUGAAUUUAGCAAGGUGGGAGAAAUAUUAGGUACAUUAAGCCUAGGCUACGUUGGAGAUAGAUAUGGUAGAAAACCAGCUUUUUACUCAGCAGUUGCAACUCUUUUUAUUGGCGGAAUGUUAACAUUAAUAACCACAUCGAGAUACCCGCUGUUUAUACUUUCCUUACUUUUGAUUAGCUUUUCAUCAAAUGCUGUAUAUCAAGUAUCGCUUAUAAUAGGAUUUGAAAUAUCGAAAGAUGAAAAAAGAUCGAUGAUAUCAUGUCUACAAUGUGUAGCUUAUACAACAGGAUUUUGUUUAUUAGCUUUUGUUUAUUCAUAUUUUCGAUAUUGGAUGCCUCUAGUUUUAUUUUCUACAGCACCUUUGUUGUUAUUUUUUGUUUUUAGAGGUUACAUGAUAGAAUCACCAAGAUGGUUACUUAACCAGGGUAAAGUAAAAAGAUCGUUGGAAGAACUUCAAAAAAUUGCCAAAACCAACAAAACCAGAAUCCCAGAUGUAUUGGUUGCAAAAAUCCAAAAUAUUGAAAAAAGAGAAGAAUCGGAUAUGAGUAGAUUUACAGAUUUAUUUAAAAAUAUUACUAUUGCUAGAAUUACCCUCUUAACUAUAAUUAGCUGGCCAUGUUGGAAUCUGAUUUACGUUAUUUUGUACUUAAACGUAACGAAUUUAAAAGGAAAUCCAUAUUCCAAUUUCUUUUGGCAAAGCCUAGCAGAACUGCCUGGAUACAUAAUAGGAAAAUAUUUGUCUGAUUAUCUUGGUCGAAAACUUUCAAGAAUUUUUGCAUUUUUUAUAAGUAGCAUAGGAUGUCUGAUGUUGGUGUUUCUAAUAGCAGAUCAGCAAUAUCAGUUGUUGGUAAGCAUAAUUUCAAUGGUUCUUAAACUAUCGAUUUCGAUAGUGUAUUAUGUAAUUAGCUUGCAAACAAUGGAAGUAUUUCCUACUAGCGUACGUCAACGUGGAGCGGGUUUUGGAUUUUUGGCUGGAAGUAUUCUUUCAAUUUCGGCACCCUCACUUAUACACUUGGGUGUCGUUCAAAAUCCAAAAAUCCCUUAUAUUGCUGCAAGUUUUUUCGGGUUUCUUGGUACGAUGGUAGGAUUUUUUAUUCCUGAAACGUUGAAUGAAAAACUUCCUGAGAGUGUUAAAGAAUUAGAAGAUAUAGUUAAACGUCAAAGAAUGUUCCCUAUCCUAAAGCAUAUAUCUACGAUAUAAACGUCAAGAUUGACCUAUAAAAUAUUGUAAAAAGGCUUAUGCCUUAAGGCUGCAUUACAGCUGGCAAUUAUAAUAAAUUAAUUAUCACGAUUUUUUUUAAUAAAUAAUAAACAUGUAGGUUUGCACUUAAAGGUAUUAAUAAACAA